AUGGCCGUGCUUCGCGUUUUCUUACUGGUGCUCUCUGUGCUCAUUGCCGCCGCGCAUGUGGUCUCCGCUACAGCGCCGAUAUUCGAAUCUGAUCCUGCGCGGGAUGUUGGCGUCUUGGCGGCGGACGACCUGUCCUCCCCAGUGGCAGUCAAAGAUGCGUCCAUCUUACCACUGAUGCAGGAGAUCCGACGGAUGCUCAAGGGGAAGGCGGUCAAGGUGAAGAUCGGGCCGAGUGAAAUGAAAGCCAUCGCUGAGGUUGGAAAGGAGCUUGCGAAGUAUUCUAAGAAGGAAUGGGAUAGGAUGGUGAAAGACAAAAAGAAGCAAGCGGAAAAGCUGGAGAAAGGGUGGGAGGAUACCAAGAAGGCAGCGAAUGAGGUGAAGCAGGGGUUUGAGAAGGUUAGGGAAGGUGCCAGGAAGGCAGCGGACGACGUGAAGCAAGGGUUCGAGAAGGCCACAAACUUCUUUGGAAAUCUCGGACGCAAGGAAAGGAGUGAGGCCAUGUGGGACAAGUCUGGGAGGGGUUAG